AUGACAGUUAAGGAGUAUUGCCAUAAGUUUAACCAGUUAUCUAAGUAUGCUCCCGGUAUGAUGGCUGAUUCUAGAACUAGCAUGAGUAAGUUGUUGGCCGGUGUAUCUGGUCAUGUUGUGAAAGAGUGUAGAUCCGCUAUGCUUAAUAGGGACAUGGACCUUUCAAGACUAAUGAUUCAUGCUCAGCAAAUUGAAGCAGACAAAGUGAAGGGGAGAGUGAGAGUGAGAGGCAAUAAGAGAGUUAGAUCAGAGCAACAGGGGUAUAGUCAGGCUAGGUUUUCUGGAGGGAUCCGCCCUCAGUUCCAGAGCUGUUCUCUUGUGCCAGCGCUUUCAUCAGCUAGUACUCCUGCUUCAGAAUUAGGCCGGAGCAGGGUAAUAGGCCUACUAUGUGCAGGUCCCAGGAUAGUGUGA